AUGGUUCCUCCACAGGAGGAUGGCCGGGGAGAGGGCAUCUGCCCCAUCUGCCAGGAGCUCCUGAAGGACGCUGUGAGCACCGAGUGCAGACACCACUUCUGUCGAGGGUGCCUGGCUUGGCACGUGGUGAAGGCCUCAGCCUCCGGAGUCCUCCGCUGUCCCCUGUGCCGGAAGCCCUGUUCCGAGGGGGUGCUGGGGGCGGGCUACCUCUGCUCCAGCCACCAGAAGAAAGUGUGCUAUUUCUGUGAGGAGAGCAGACUUCUUCUGUGCGGGGAGUGCCUGGUGUCGCCUGAGCACCAGGGGCACCAUGAGCUGGCCAUUGAAGAUGCACUCAGCCACUACAAGGAACGGCUCAGCCGCAGGAGGAGGAGACUCCGAAGAGACCUGAGGGCGCUCUGCCGGCUCAGAGCGCAGGAAGAGGAGAAGCUGUGGGCAGUGCAGGCCCAGGUAGGCUGUGGGACCUGCAGGCUGGAGGCUGAGCUGGAGAGCCAGCCACAGAGCAGGAGGGAGCAGGAUGCCCCCCUCAAGCAGUGGCCAGACCUGCUGGAGGACACGCCGGCCCCGGGUGCCAGAAUCCUGGACGUGUCGCGGGCCACAGCGCAGCUCCGCAGCCUGGUCGCCGCUCUGGACAAGACCACCAAGGGACUGGGCAUGGACACGCUGAAGGAGGCCAGAGACUUACUGGACAGGAGCACACCACAGAAAUUAGAGGCUGUGUACCCCCAGCUGGAGAAAAGAAUCCAGCCGUGCCUUCUGCCAUCCUCAGCGGCUCCGACCUGCCCAUUCCCGGGCCACCUUGCCUCAGACUCGCCUUCACCUCCUGGCUCUCCCUCUCCCAGCCCAUCCAGCCCCCCACGAGGACAGGAACGCCCAGACGCCCGGGGGGGCCCACACGCCUGCACGGGACCCCCGCUCCCGCUCUGUAUUUCCGUGACCCCCUUUCCCGACUCCUCGGACACCGAACCUGCUUGGCUGAUGAAGGGUAAAGGCCGGCAUGGGGACCAGCAGGCGGCCCCUCCGACCAGCAACAGCCUCCAGCCCCCAGCCCCCAGGCAGCAGGGCCCUCAGUCCUGUUGCUGCAAGAACGCUCAUCCCUGCAGCCCCAGAGCCUCGUCAAUGCUGCUGCAGGUCACCCAGCACGCCCUGCCGUCUCUGCCCCUGCAGUGGAGCUCUCUGAGCCUCAUCCCUUCCCACCCUCCCGCGCUCGAGCUCAGACGGAAGCCCUCCCUGCUGCUGGGCCCCUUGCCCUGA